AUGCCCAGGGUUGAGUCCAUUUGUGUUAACACAAACCCAAAGGAUUACCGCCGAAAGCCAUCUAGCCGCCGUACGGUGACUUUCGCCACUACAGGGACACCUCAGCCAAGGCGAGCCAAGGGAAAGGGCAGGAGGCAUGACCUCGACCAGGGGCGCCCCACAGCCCCGCGCCCACGCGGACACCCACCCAGCCUCACCCGGAGGAGCGGGGACAGGAACGCAGGGGACUCCGGACGUCUGGGGAGGCGCGAGGGGGCAGAGGGAAGUCGGGGGAGGAGUCCUCCCAACCCCCACCCGAGACUGGGAUCACCCCAAGUGCCCUCCCCACAUCGCCCCACUGCGGGGGCCGCCGGUGGAAAUCCCCCACGCAGCCGGCCCGCGGGAAGUUCUCCGGGGUUACCUCGGCGCCCCAGGGCUGCGCCACCCCCCUCACCUACCCCGAGCCGUGGCACCCCGAGGGGCGCGGGCAGGUCGGGCGCCAAGCCCGGAAGCCCGCGAGCCCGCGCCGCCGGCCGCUCGGAGCCGGGGCCAGCCCGGGGCAUCCCCGCCGAGCGCAGACGGCCGGGGGAUGGCGGCGAUGACCGGCGUCCAGGUCGCUCGGGUCAAGUGCGGCGCUGUCCCCCGCCAGCCGACCCGUCCCGGGACCCGCGAGGCCUGGACCCCCGUGGGACCCCCCGCCGCGCGCCCCGUGCCCGCGACCCCGCCCGGGACCCCACGCAUCCCGGACGCCGCACUCCGGCCCUCCGCGCCCCGGGAGGCUCCACGGGGUCCGUGGCCUCCCCAUCACCCCCAUCACCCCCGCCGCCGCCGCCUCGGCGUCCCCCGAGGCCGCACGCCCCUCGCGUCCCCUCGCGACCUGCGGCCGCACCUGUGCCCGCCGUCGCCGCCGCUCGCCCGCCGCCGCCUUCGCUGUGCCGGCGCCGCUCCGAACCCCACACACAUCGCUACACACAGCCUCUGACGUCACCCGGCCCUCGGCCCGCCCACGUCACUGCGGAGACACGGCUUCCCGCAGACGCCGCCGCCGUCUCCGGCCGCCCGGGGGACAGCGAGGGCGGCGGGCGGAGGAGGGGAGGGAACCAAGCCAGCGGCGCCGCGCGGCCCCGCGCCAGCCAGCCCCUCGGGCGCGCGCGCCGUCUGGCCUAUUGUGGCCGCUCGCGGGCCGCGCGCUCCCGCACCCCCCCUCCCCCCGGCCCCCCGGGGGCGCGCGCCUCCGCCGCGCACGCGCGUGCGCCCGUCUCCCUCCUCCCCGCCCCCCCCCCCCCCGCGCGCGCGUGCCCCGCGCGGCUGGCCCGGCGCGCCGUCUGGGCGGCUGGCGCGCGGCGCUGUCUGCGGUGCCCGGCGCAGACAGGAUGUUCCCUCGCCCCACCCCCGCCGCCCUCCUUCCUUCCCCGAGUCGCCCAGCCGGCUGUCUGGGGCCGCCCCCGCCACGCCCGCUGCCGUGUGGAGACGGGCCAGACCCGGGGGCGCCCUGGCCGCUGGGGCCGCCGCGCGGCCGGGGAGGGGGGAGGAGGGCGAGCGGGGAGAGGGGGGCAGGGCGCGGCGGGCUGCACUGGGCGCGACCCCGGCAGCCGGCCGCGCCCGAGGUCAGCCCCGGCCGCCACCCCCACCCCACCCCCGCGGCCGCAGCUGGCCGCCCGGCCCCGCCCCGGAGGUGGCUGCGGGCGGCUCCCCGCCGCGACCCCCGGGGUGCGCCCGCCGCGCAGGCGGCGGCCCCGCGCAGACGCCCCUCCUCCCCCGCCGGCCGACCGGCCGGCUGGCGCGCAGACGUCGCGGGGCCCCUCGCCCCCGUGGGGCCUCCCGCCGCGGCCGCCCUGCCAGCUGCCGGCGCUGAGCCCCGCCUGGCCGCGCCGGGGUGGCCUCGCCGGCCGCCAUCGCCGGGGAGGCCGCGGUUUGCGCAGCGCCGGGGCAGACCCUGCGGCCCCCCUGCCCUCGCCCUCCGAACUGUCCAAUUGGGAGUACUUGGGUGCUCGGAGAUUUUUCUCCCAUCUUUCCCCCACGAUAGGUCUAACAAAUGUUCACCUCUCAUCACCGCCCCCGCCCCAGCUCCUGUCGGCCCCCAUCUUCGUGCUCCCGGGUCAUGCCCCUCUCCCACCUCCUACCCUCCGCUCCCUGACUGCUUGCCUGUGUGAACAUGAAUAA